AUGGCUGCAAGGGUACUGUUCCAACGGCGCGCAUUGGCGCCGUUGGCGACCAUUGCUCUCAGCGGCAUGGCCUUGGCUCCGUCAACAAUUUAUGCCGAAGCUCCUAUUGAAUUCAAGAGGAAACCUAUAUACGAUGACACCGACUUCCCUUCGACUAUUCCUUCGCCUCUGACGCCCCCCAAAGCCCCAUCGGCUGCCCCAGUCGACGAGGAGACCAAGCCCAAGAAGUUGACCCCUACGGACCGCCUCGCCAUUCAGAUCGGCAAUGCCCGUCUAUUCCUCUACCAGUAUGCCGUGAAGGCUGAGGAUGCCGUCAACUCCACUAUGGACUCUGCCUUUGACCUCGAGCAGUCUUUCACCAAGACCAUUGCUGAUUUGGCACCUUCCCGGGAGAGUGGCGAGAGACUUAUGCCAGGAGCCAUCUAUGUCCUCGUUGCUGCCAUGGCCGGAAGUAUCGUUACCCGAAACCGAAGUAUCAUCCUCCGCUCAACUCUUCCCUUGGCUGUUGGUAUCGGUGCCGGAUGGUCUGUUCUGCCAGUCACAAUGCGGAAUAUCUCGGACCUGGUGUGGAAGUACGAGGAGCGAGUUCCUGUUGUCGCCCAGGCUCAUUUGAGCUUGCGCAACAGUAUCGAGAAGAGUGUCAGUUUCGUCAAGGUCCACAAGGACAUCGGAGCUCGAUACGUUGACGACAAGGUGACGGAUACGAGAGAGGCCCUCGAGGGCUGGGUCAAGAAGGGGAAAUAG